AUGUCACUUCUUGUUCGCCACGGAUGGCCAUUCAUGUUGGUUGCAUGGGCAACUGGCACAGCAUUGUCUUGUCUCCUUACCCUGCUUCGUGUGUUGCCAAAGUUCUACGAAUGGGAGUUCAUUGACGGAGAAGCCAUAUCUAUGAGCACCUCUGCCACUGUGGCAGGCGUAUUGUCGUCAAUUGGUGGGUUGCUUCUGUUCCCAUUUCUAUGCGGCAAGGACCACAGAUGUUUCCUGGAUUGCGCAUGCAUCGAGCAGACUGACAAGGCCAGAAUGCAAGAAGGAAUCCGUAACAUUGGGGGCUUCCUCCAGUCCGCUGAGGAGUUGCAUGUCUUGCUGAGUGAGCCAUAUCUGACGAGGUUGUGGUGUGUGUUCGAGCUUGCAGCCUAUCACAAACUCAACCCUUCUGGAAGAAUCACCAUUGCUCCCGUCUUCGUGGAAGUCAGUGUGUGCCUACUUUUCGCAUACCUGCAUGUUGCAUCCUGGUUCUUCAUGGCCCUCAGGACAAGUGCAAUUGGCCAAACCGGGUGGAUAUGGAUGGUUUUAGCAUGUUUUGCAUGCUCCUUAUUUCCAUUGGUGCAUGCCAUGCGACAUAUCUGUAUGUACAAGCAAGCUCUGCUGUCCAGCUUGGGAAGCUUUAGCUUCGAGACUUUGGCUUGCGCCAACGAGUCCGACAGGCUCAUCAUCCGAGAAGCUAUAGUGCGCUGGUAUGGCAGUGUGGAGGCCUUUUCGGAAUUUGUCCGAGGCCCAUUCCGGAAGGUGGUACAUGACUCCGUCAGGACUCCUGGAGGUAUGCCUUUCGGAUAUGUUCUUUUGAUGGCAACGGCCGUCCUCAACCCUGCUUUAGACAGAUUGCUGUCUCUGCUGUGCGCUGGAACUUCUGUUGAAACAGUUUGGGCCUACACUUGUGGAGCCAUUCUGGGGCUACACAUGGCUUUUUAUCCUGCCAUGAUUAUUUUAGGUCUCCACGCCUGCGACCGAUGGGCCAGAGAAUGGUCAUGCGGCUGCGCAGCCGUAAUGCAGACCAUGGGAAUUGGACUUACCAUUUGGCUGCUUUUUGCGCUGGGCACUAUUACUGCAUCUUCAGCUUACCGUGGGACCUUGCCAUAUCCUGUGUCCAUGCUGCUUUGGACUGGGUUUUCUUUGCUUUUGGCCUUCUUCACGUGGAGGUGCCUCUGGCAGCGCCGAGGCCCUGUCAUAUCCUGA